GCUUUGUGUUGUGUCGAUAGACGUUGCCAAUAUCUGAACAAAAGUUGAAUAAAUGACCUUCCACUGGAACUAUCUAGCUUUAUGGCUGCUAUGUGUUGUGGGCGCGUUACAGCCCGUAAAAUCAGGUGAAUACAUAGGCAAACCCAUUCCGAGACACGACAAAUGGUCGCAGGCGAUUAAGGGGGAGUAUAUACCGAUACAAUUCUACGAUGCCAUGCGUUCAGCGGAGGACUCAAAGCAAGCGUUUCAAAAUCAAUUGAGGAACUUCCGAGAGCAUCUUCAGAGAAAUCUGACAAUGUCAAAUGUUCUUUCGCUAGGACAUGAAAAUCAGCUAAAUACAGAGCAUCAGAGAACAAAGUUACACGAAUUGUCCGAGUUCUUCUAUGCAGCAGCCGAUGCAGCUAGAAUAUUUGCACGCGAUUCCGAGACUUCCUACGAAGUUGCGAAGAACUCAAGCUAUACGCUAUUGCUGCAGCUCCGACAGAUUCCAUCGACGCAGCCGAUUCCAGUCAAAAUGCUUUUAACUACUUAUUUUGCAGAAAUGGAAUUCUUUCACAUCAUGUUUUCUGAGAUCAUUGACGAAGCCCUAGAAUAUACGCAAAACAUUUUGCUCGCUACCCAAAAGACCUUCACAUACUACGCCGAUGUCCAGCGAUUCGUUUUGCAGAACUGGAACUUUAAGGGCGACGUAGGCUGCUGUCAGGAGUAUAUGGAGUUCCUGAAGCACUAUUCCGACCAAAUCUUCAAGUGCGCAGCCGGACGUGGCCUCAACGUGGCAUUCGAUGUGUUCGCCAUGACCGAACUGACAAGCAAAUAUGUUAUGAGACAGCUCGAAUUCCGCAUUCAAAGGCUUUUCAACUGUCUUUAUUUGGGAAGUUAUGAAAUACGAUGCAAAUUUUUACUGAAUGCCGAAAAAGAUUUUGAAAUGUUGUUCACUAAAAUUGAGGAGCUCGAAAUAUUCUAUGACCUCAGAAUGAAAAAUGGCCGAGUCUCGUCCCUUCGACAACGACGCCAAAACCACAUUGAAGAGGAGCCGCCAACUGGAGUGAAAGCACAGGAUAAUUGUAUUCCGGUCGACUUUCCACGCAGCCAAAUGCAUAAAAGCUUAAGGCAAUGUUUUUAUAGCAUAACAGAAUAUUAAUCUACUUUUGUUUUUAUAUCCAUAAAA